AUGGAAGGAGAUGAAGAAGAAGUCGAUUUCAAUGAACGGCGACUCGAGAUGGCGAUAUAUGCCGGCGAGAUAUGCCGGCGACGAGAGUCCAAUGAUCAGUCUUUUCGUCUCAAGAGAGAGGAGAUGCGAACGAGGGAUGGGAUUGUUGGGAAUGAUCAACCGUAUGGGUCCUUUUGGAAGCGCAUUGGUGAUUAUUAUGCAACAAGUGAUCAUGUCCUUGGUGGUGGUGAACCAAGGCUCCCUGAUCAUUGUAGACAACGAUGGCAAAAAAUAAGCAGGGAAGUUAGUAAGUUCUGUGGAGCAUACGCAGAGGCAAAUGGUGAGAAAGCUAGUGGCAUGAAUGAUGUGGAUAUUCUGCAGAAUGCUCACCAACUAUACACGAAGCUGUACAAGAAGAAGUUUGUUUUGGAGUAUGCUUGGAAUGUGUUUCGCUAUGAACAUAAAUGGAUUAAUUUAGAGCCUAUGAACCCCACUCCAAAGACAACCAGCUCUAACAAAAGAAAAGCUGAUGAGGCUGCACCAUCUUCAGGGUCUGUUGUGGGUGAGCACGAGAGCAGGCCUGCUGGAAUAAAGGCAAUGAAAAAAUCAAGGAACAAAGGUAAAGAGAAGGCUGCACCAUCGACAGAGUUUAGUCACAUGUGGGAGAUCAAAAAGAAGGAUUUAGAGGGCAUGAAAGAACUUCAAAAGAUGUCCAUUUUUGACACUCUCAUUGCCAAGAAAGAAACACUAGAUGAAGAUGAAAAAGCUCUAAAGAAGAAGCUAAUGGCUGAACUGUUUUAG